AGACAGGUAACUCUAGUGAAGCCCAUUGUCAGUGCAGCCGGGCCUAUAUAAGCCACUUACACAGACGGCGGUCAGCUUCAGCCUUACCUCCUCUCGCUCUGCUGCAUCACCAAUUGGCCUGCAAGCCUCCUCACCUGCAAAAGAACAUGUCGCUGUCAUCGAUCCUUUCUGCUGAUGCCGUCGCCGAUGCCAUCAAUGACUGCCAAGCACCAGACACCUUUUGCCCCAAGAAGUUCUUCCAGGUGUGCGGCCUCACCAAUAAGACCACCCAAGAUAUAAAGAAGGUUUUUGGAAUCCUGGACAACGACGGCAGCGGCUACAUCGAAGAGGAGGAGCUCAAGUUUUUCCUCCAGAGGUUUUGUUCCAGUGCCAGGGUCCUAACAGACACUGAGACCAAAGCCUUCCUGAAGGCCGCCGACAACAACAGCGACGGCCGUAUUGGAGUCGAUGAGUUCCAAGCUAUGGUCCUGUCCUAAACAUGUGGACCCCCUUACUCAGCUGUCCUUCAUUUUACAAAGAACUCCUUUGAUU